AUGGGCAAUGUACCUUAUAUUGUGAUGAAUCAUCUACAUCCAAGGAAAGAAGGUGGUGCAAGAAUAGUUUUGGAAUCACCAAAAGAAGACUUAACAUCUUUAUCGUGUAAGUUGAAUGAGACAUCCGCAUUGAAGGAGAUUUUCCUAGCACCUUCUAAUUCCCUUGUAUGCAGAAGCAGUGUGAGUGAUGAAAUUGAUGUGGAAUUCACCAAUGUGAACAGGUUUACCAAUCGACUCACUGAUUCUUUGGUCACCCUAGCUUCAAAAAGAAAAAAGUUCAAAGAUGAUGAAGCUAUUAUUAAGAUCAGCAAACGUCGAACUCUAGCUCUAUGA